AUGGCAACUCCCUUGGAUCAGCUCGUCAAGGGCGCGGUCCCCGAUGCUCGCGCGUCUGCACCAGACCCGGUUGCUUCACAGCAAGCUCCUUCGGACUCUUCGUCCCCGCCACGAUCAUCGACUCCUGAUCCGCUAGCUACAUUACCCUCAUCGCCACCGCAGAUUUACCUGAACUUGCUGAUUCUCGAAACCUCGCUGCGAGCCCAGUAUCUGGCCUUGCGCGAGCGUCGCCGACAAAACACUUUCUUCCUACUUCUCUUGAUGACCUGGAUCGCCUAUUUCGCAUACGCUCUAUUUCUCCGCCCACGAGAAGAUGGUCGUGGGGUGGGCGGCUCGGUGUACUGGGUGGUUGAGAUGGGCGAGAAAGUCGCGCUACUUGGCGGGGUGGUGACUGCGCUCCUGGUCUGGGGAACUGGGCAAUGGGAGCGCGGAAUUCGCUGGCCACGGCGCUGGCUCGCCGUCGCCAAUCGUGGCCUGCGCAACAUGAAUACAAAAAUCAUUGUGAUUCGCGGCCCUUGGUGGCAGGAGCUGCUAUCCUAUGUCUCGUUCCUAUUCCCAUUCUCCGUCCCGUUCUUCCCAUCGCCCAGCGGCAAUUUCCACUGGGUCGAGCGAAAUCCCUCAGAGCGACGUGCCGGUGGUCGGCAGCACUACCAACAGUACUACAGUGGUGGCGACAGCGAGUCCGGUAUGGUAGAAGAAGAUCUGAGCCCCGGAGGGGACUACAUCCGUCUGCUUCUGCUGCCCAAGUCCUUCUCCCCAGAAUUCCGCGAGAACUGGGACGACUACCGCACGGAUUUUUGGGAGAAGGAGAACGAGCGUCGCGCUCAGUUGCGACACAAACUGCGCGAGCGCGAGCGCCAGCUUGCCCAGACCGAGGGAGGCUGGCUCGGACGUCUCGGUCUGGGAUGGUGCGCUUCCCACCGCCGCCGUCUUGUUGCUGCCACCAUCUACCGGCCCCUCGAACCAGAGACCAAAUACCGCCCAUAUCCACACCACCAUCACCAACCAUCUACCUCGUCGAAACUCAGUCAAGAGACUCGCGCACCCUCCGCGCGCCGCAGUACUCGCUCCGAGUCUCAUUCUCGGACCUCGUCCCGCAGCUCGACCCCGGUCGAUGCAGGCCACGAUGACCGGCCUCCUUCCCGCUCCUCCGCGUCUGGCCGGCCGCGCCGCGGCAGCAACACUCCGUCACUCCCUGGCACCGAUUCGAGUCCUCAACAGCGAAAGCGAAAGGGCUCUAAAUCGCUCCGCCGCGGCCUGUCGCCUCUCACGCAGGCACAGGUCCGUGAGGGUGUGCGAACCCCGUCUUUUUCCUCCGACGAAUCUGGAAUGCUUCCGUUGGAUGAAGAUAAGGAGGAGGCUAUACCAACAUCUGUACCGGAACAGAAUUCUGCAGCAUAG